CAAACACCGACGCUUCUAACCCAAGAGAACAACUGCUUUCGUAUCGCAAUCGCAACUCAUCUCGAUCGCAUACAGACACCAGAUAUUUGUACUUGUUUGAAUACGCCAAAAUAAAACACCAACCUCAAUAGAAAUACCGGGCGCAUUACCAAAGAAGCACUGCGCACCGCCUUCGCGACCUUGCGCCAAACACCACUCGCCCUCCAUUGCAGACCAUCAUGGCCGACACCGAGGACGACAACUCGGCUCUCGCCUCCUUCUUCCCCGACCCUCCUCUCUUUUGGAAGGCCUUCACCCCAUCCAAUCUCCAAGCCUACGCCGAAAUUAAACAGCAAUAUGCCUCCCAGCACGGCAUUCCCGUCGAGGACGUUGUCCGCGUCCCCGAUCUCCCUGCCGAUUCAGACCUCAUAUACCUCCAACCACCAGCCGAGCCCAAAGAUGGAACAUGGCGACUAUACGGCGAACCUCAGUCUCUCGAAGAAUCCCUCCAACCCCUCGAAUCAGCCGGCAUCGAACGUCUCGGCCCUCCCCUUCCGGGCUCAACCACCACUUCUACAUCCAAUACCCAAACCACCACCACCGACAGCCAAUCAACAACCCAACCAACAACCGACGACACCCAACCCACCUCCGCCUUCCCCUCCCAACAACCCACCUCCCAACUCCCUCUCCCUCCUUCUUCCACUUCAGCCCCCGGUGGUGCCUCCAGUGGUGCCUCCUCCACCCAAACCCACGACACCCUCCACCUCCACCUCAAACGCCUCUCCAAGUCCCUCCUCCUCAACUUCCUCGAGCUUUUGGGAAUCAUGUCCCUCGACCCCGCCGCCGGCUCCCAAAAGGCCGCCGACCUACGCACUUUGUUUCUAAACUUCCACCACGUACUAAACGAGUAUCGCCCGCAUCAGGCUCGUGAGCAAUUGAUUCAGUUGAUGCAGGAGCGAUUGGAUCAGACGCGGGCGGAGACGGCUGCGAAUCGGGCGGUGGCGGAGAAAGCACGGAGGGUGUUGGAGGGGUUGGGGAGUGUGGAGAUUCCGGCUGUUGAUGAUGUUAAUAUUGCUGGGACUGGGACAGGUGGAGGGGAUGGGGAGGCAGGGUAUGGGUCAGCAGCAGUACCAGUACCAGUACCGGUGGGUGCGAGGACAGGCACGACGGUGGGGGAUAGGCGGGUGGGUGUUGAUGGGGAGGGGGCGGAGGAGGAGGAGAAGAUGUAUUGGGAGCGGGAGGGGAUGGGGUGGGGGGUUUUGGAUGCUGAGUUUGCUUAGUCUUGAAAUGGAUGUUUGGCUUGGGGUUGGGUUCUGGAAAAAUUGUGCAUGGCGUGUCUUGUCCUGUUUUUGUUUUGUUGUGCGUAUACCCCAAAAGAAGAGCAUUUGGUCAUCUAAAAGCCAUGAGAAAGCAGAUACUAGAAAUUUAUGAUCCUGGUAAUAUGCAAAGAAUUCAAGAUU